AUGGAGUUUCUGCAUUGCCAAAAAGGCAUCCCACGAUAUCUUUUGCACUGGUGUCUCGGUGUAUUUGGUGACUUUUCCAAAGGUUACGUAUCCUCGGCAGACCUGCAAGCCAGACGUGAUAGUGCUGAGGCAGAGGCUACUACCUCCGCUCUGGUUGAUUCGGUUCCCAUAACUGAUGUGAUCGAUCUUACUGAUAUAACUGCCCUGUGGGAGAACUCCGACAGAGACACAUAUAGUGUAUCGUUGGUGCAUGUCGGCUGCACCAGGGAGAGGUUCUCCAUGUGGCAACAACUCCAGAAGCAUCGCGACGAGGCCAGGGAUGACCUCCUUGGUCGAGAAGCUAUCGAUGCAUGGAGCAACUGGCGCGUCCAGCUUGUUCAAUUGGGCACGGAUCGGACAGAUCGCACGUUCAGGAUAGCCGCAUCAGCUGGGAGUCUGCUGGCUCGGAUACAGAUGGUAGCCCCUCUGAUGCUGGCAGUUCAGUACCUCCUGCUCCGGUUGAGGAGCACCCCCUCCUCAUCUGUCGAGCCAUCUUCUAUCAGAAUCACGGAGCCUCAUGAUGACAUGGAGACGGCCAGUAAUGGCGACAUACAGCCUCAUGAUGAGGCCAUGAUAGCUCCUGCUUCAUCCAGUGAGGCUCCAUCCGAUGAGCAACCCUACCAUUCCUCCCCAGACUGA